UCUCUCUUUACAUUUGGAGCAGGACCAAGCAGUUCAGCCAUUAUUGAAGUGAACGUUCCCAUUGACUCCAACUCCAGAGCUGCUCCAAACGCCUUUCUCAGCCACAGCUCUGGGACAACCAGCGUCAGAGGUGCAGCAACAACUGAUCCCCCCGCAGCUGAGAGUAUUUCCUCGAGAGAAGAACAGACAACUACAGCAAUUUUUGACGCCUCUCUUUACACCAAUGAGACGUUUACUGCUGCUCUCAACGUCUCAGUGAGCAGCUCGCUGGAACCCACGAGCAACAGCAACAACAGCAACAGCAACAACAGCAACAGCAACAACAGCAACAGCUCCUCCGCCAAAACACCUGUUGCGAAUACAACAGAAAAACAUCUAGUCAAAAAGUUUGUGGCAGCUGCUGUUCGGUCCCAUUUUGAUGACUGUCCAGACACGCACCAGCAUUUCUGCUUUCACGGCACAUGUCGCUUUCUCAUACUGGAGGAGAUACCUGCAUGUGUGUGCCAUCCCGGCUUCGUAGGGAUGAGGUGUGAGCACGCAGACCUCCUCGCUGUGGUGGCAACCAACCACAGGCAGCAGGCCGUUGCCACCGUGCUGGUGCUGUGUGUGGUUGGGUGUGUGCUCAUCAUGGUGUUGUGUUCACUCUUGCAUUGCUGGUGGAGGCAGGACUGCCAUCGGCGGAGCCAUGCGCGUCACUACAUCGAAGAAAAGCACGGAGCAUCUUUUUAUCCAUCAGAGAGCGUGGUUUGACAACACACCUCAUCUGUACACAAGCUGUUUGCAUCGUUGCAUUUUUCUCAUCUGUGUGGCCUGCAAACUCUGGGGAUCCCGUCUAAAGUGGCACGACUUGCUGAAGUCAAAGGGGGGUUAUCCUCAAAGGGACUGUGGUAGGGAAUACAAUGCGAGGUUAAAUGUUCCAUGACAAUCUAUUCCCUGCUUUUUUGGACUUUUGAACUUCGAGCAUCAAAGGACAUUUGUGCUUUACCCUUUGUUUUUUUGUGGGAAUGCCCUCAGAACAGUCUGUUUGAACAUCUGAGAGUGAAGAUACUGCCAAAUCCUGCUUGGGAAGAGUCCCGCAUGCCCUGAUUUCUGUUUAUAGCUGGCCUAGGGGACAUGAGAAAUAAUCUACCAGGCCAUUAAUCAUCCUGCCGGAUGCCAAAUGGCCAAUGUGCUUCAUUUUUGGCUGCAGGACAACAAUAAUUCAUUUAUGUUAGUCAGAAGGCCUCAAUUCCUAUUUUUGUCUUUUAAUACAUUUUUGCACAUCGGAACCUUUCGAGCACAAAUGACAUUUUUAAUAAGUUAUGGUGGGGAAACGGAAGCUUUAAAAACAUUUUAGGGUUUGUUUUUAAAGAUGGUCACUUCACCUGACGCAAGUAGGAAUUGUUAACUGGACUGACUGAUUUUUCUGGACUUCAAUUUAAUUUAAGCACGAAGGCUGCAUUGUUGACUUGUUCCAGUGUUGCUGUGAUGUGAUCUGGGGAAAACAAUCCUCUUGACUCCAGUUUUGCUACUGAAGAUGAAGCGUUUGUCAGAUUUUUCUAUUUUUUAAUCCUAAACUAUACUUGAACAUGAUCACGCAUCAGAGGUUUCGCGAGUUAUACUGUACCAACAUUAGCACAUCCUGGGUGGCCCCUUUGCCCUUUGCUACAUUUAUAAUGGUGCACUUUUGCACAAGUUUGCUUACCAUUUAUUUAUUUGUAUAUAGAAGCACUUGACUCACUGCGCAAUGCUGUCACUUAAAAAAAAUGCAUCCACAUGCGCGAGAUGCCAAAUACACUUGUUUCUAACUCUGCCUGAAUGAGCACUGAGGGGGGGGGGGCACAUCCACCUAACCAUGCAUGCACUUAAAUCACAGCCUGUAAUUUUAAAGAAAUAACACAAACCAUUCGAGUGGUGUGUUAUAGCUUUAUCUCUGCUUUAAACUGAGUAACUUCUUAAAGCAGAGCAGCCUCUGAAUGCUAGCAAAAAUGUCACUAAUGAAAGAAUAGGGGGGAAAAAAACUGACACCGACUCUGUUAACGUGCUUUGUAUGAAAAAACUUAAAAGAUGAACUUGAUGGUAUUUACAUGCCAGCGGACUGAGAAGAUGAUACACUUGUCUUUGUUUACAGGAUUGUUUAAUAUUUGGUUUGCGUACUUUUUGUUAUUAAAUUGUAAAUAUUGAAAAAAAAAAAAAACGUUUGGGCUAAGCAUGGAAUGUCAAUAGAAAAAUGCUGUUAAUCUUCUCAUGUGUCAUAUCUAUGUUUGAUUUAUGUUGUCGCUAUUGGAAAGCCUCAAUCAGAUAUUUGCCUUCCAAUGAAGAAUUAAAUGAGCAAUUGAUUGUGU